AUGUCAAGCAAGCAAGAUGAUCCCGGUGUUUUCUUCGUGAAAUGUGUUAUAGGGGACUGUGUUUUUAAAGAUGCCUUAGCCGAUUUGGGAGCCUCCGUUAAUAUCAUGCCUUCCCAUAUCUAUGAAAAGCUCAACUUGCCUUGUAUAGCUCCCACACCACUUGUUGUUCGGUUACCCAACGGGACUACGCAUUAUCCCCGAGGUUUGGUUGCAAAUGUUCUUAUCAAAGUUGGAAGAAAUCUUGUACCAAUUGAUUUUAUGGUGCUAGAUGUAGGAAAGUAUUUAGAGGUGCCAAUGAUUUUAGGAAGACCGUUCUUGGCUACUUGUUGUGCCUUAAUUGAUGUAGGGACGGGCAAGCUCAUCUUUAGAAUCAAUGGGGAACAAGUUGAUGAGAACCAAGUAGAGAAAAAAGAACAUGUUUGCUCGGUGAUCACAAAAAGAGCCAAGAAGAAAGUUAGGCCAUGGUGGGAGAUCCGAAAGGUGUCUUGGGUGCCUAAGUGCCUAAAGACCAACAACUUCGAAGGAGAAUGA